AACAGAAAGGGACGGGGCUCUGUGGAGGCUGCUGGUACUGAGGAAAGACACACAGCACAGUUGACCAGAAAACCUCUGUCUGACUGAAACUCGGAUGAUUUAAAACAGAGGACCUUCAGCUGAUGACCACGGACACUUGGAUAUAAAGAGGGAACUUUACGUUUGUUAGGGGACGUAAUUAGUGGUUUCAAGCCGACAGUGGCUUCAUAAACUGUUCGACAACGGAGGUUUGAGGGAAACAUUUCGUGGAGAGAAAGAGACUGACGUUUGGGAUGCUGGUUCCGCGCGCGCUCCGCUCCGUGCUGUGCGUACUGAGCUGCGCGUGGCUGCACACCGGAGCGGCCUCGCGGCUCAAGUCUCCCGCUCUGCCCAUCCAGUCAGAGAGAGAGCCGCUGCCCUCCAAAGGCUUGUCAGGAUGCUCAUUCGGAGGUCGAUUCUAUUCUCUGGAGGACACAUGGCACCCAGACCUUGGGGAGCCCUUUGGCGUCAUGCAUUGUGUCCAGUGCCUCUGCGAACCUCAAAAGAGUCGUCGCGGCAAGGUGUUUGGGAAAGUAAACUGUAAGAACAUUAAGCAGGACUGUCCGGACCCUGACUGUGAUGAUCCCGUCCUGCUGCCAGGGCACUGCUGUAAAACCUGCCCUAAAGGUGAUGAUGACAAGAAACAGACAGACUCUGUGCUGGACAGCUUUGAGUAUUUCCAUGAGAAGGGCAAAGGGAAGGAGGAUGACCUCCACAAAUCUUACAAUGAUCGAUCCUACCUGAGUUCUGAGGACAUGGGCCCCGGAGAGAGCCGCACUGACUUUGUGGCAGUGUUGACAGGAGUGAUGGACUCAUGGCUGCCCACCUCCAGUGGUGUUGCCAGAGCUCGUUUCUCUCUGAGCAGAACCAGCCUGGCCUUCUCCAUCACAUACCAAAGAAUGAGCCGUCCCAGUAAAAUAGUCUUCCUGGAUUCAGAUGGCACGACUGCUUUUGAAUACAGAGUCCCCAAGGGACAGUCAGACAUGAUCUGUGGAGUAUGGAAGAACCUAGCUAAGCCUCUCCUGCAACAGCUGCAGUCGGAGCAGAUGCGCAUCAGCAUGACCACAUCGACAAGCAGACAAGAAGAAGUAGAAGGGAAGAUCAUCAAACACAGGGCUCUGUUUGCUGAGACAUUCAGUUCAACGCUGACAUCGGAGGAGGAGAAUUCAGGCAUGGGAGGCAUCGCCAUGUUGACGCUGAGUGACACAGAGAACAACCUCCACUUUAUACUUAUCCUUCAAGGCCUCAUCAAACACAAAGACAAAGAGCCUCUUCUGGUGCCUAUCCGGGUCCAGCUGAUGUAUCGCCAUCACAUCCUGAGAGAGAUCCGAGCCAACAUCACCUCUCAUGAUCCAGACUUUGCAGAGGUGCUGACAGACUUGAACAGCCGCGAACUCUUCUGGUUAUCUCGUGGUCAGCUGGAGAUCGCCGUAGCAACCGAGGGUCAAGAUCCCCAGCAAAUCUCUGGCUUCAUUACUGGCAGAAAAUCCUGUGACACCAUCCAGAGUGUGAUGUCCAGCGGUGAUGCAUUGACUCCGGGGAAGACAGGAGGUGUUGGCUCCGCUAUCUUCAACCUCCAUGAUAACGGCACACUGGACUACCAGGUUCAGGUUGCAGGUCUCACCAGCGAUGUGGUCGGCCUCACAAUUGAGCUGAAGCCACGGCGGCGUAACAAGCGCUCGAUACUGUACGACCUAACGCCGGAGUACAACAAGGGCACAGGCCAGGCGUCGGGCAGCUGGAGUCGUCUGGAGGCCCGACACAUCCACAUGCUGCUGCAGAAUGAACUCUUCAUCAAUGUGGCCACGGCUCACAACCAGGAGGGGGAGCUGAGGGGGCAGAUCAAGGCCCUGCCCUACAGCGGCCUGGAGGCACCCAGACAUGAGUUGCCCAUCCCUCUGGCUGGCCACUUUGUGUACCCACCAGUAAGAACUGGUGCUUCUGGCCACGCCUGGGUGUCAGUGGACAAGCAGUGUCACCUUCAUUAUGAGAUCAUCGUGGCGGGCCUCAGCAAGACUGACGACCUCACCGUGAACGCCCACCUCCAUGGGCUGGCUGAGAUCGGAGAGCUAGAAGACAGCACCACCACUCACAAGAGGCUGCUGACCGGCUUCUAUGGCUCACAGGCUCAGGGAGUGUUGAAGGACAUCAGCGUUGAAUUGCUUCAACACCUGGACCAAGGAACAGCAUUCAUCCAGGUCAGCACCAAGCUGAACCCCCGAGGAGAAAUGCGUGGACGGGUCCAUGUGCCAAACAACUGUGAGUUUGGGACCAGGGGGGAUGUGGAGGAGGCUGAGUUUGACGACCUUUUUGUGAAAGACCCCGAGGAGCUGAAGAAAGACCCCCAUACCUGCUUCUUUGAGAACCAGCACCACGCUCACGGCUCCCGCUGGACGCCCAACUACGACAAGUGUUUCUCCUGCAGCUGCCAGAAGCGAACUGUGAUCUGUGAUCCGGUAAUCUGCCCGGUGCUGACCUGCUCCCGAACCAUUCAGCCUGAGGACAAGUGCUGCCCGAUAUGUGAUGAGAGGAAGGAGCCCAAGGACAUGAACGCUCCAGAGAGGGUGGAAGAACAUCCUGAAGGUUGUUACUUUGAAGGAGACCAGAAGAUGCAUGCCCCAGGAACUACAUGGCAUCCCUUUGUACCUCCCUUUGGCUACAUUAAAUGUGCUGUCUGCACUUGUAAGGGGUCAACAGGCGAGGUACACUGUGAGAAGGUGACAUGUCCGGUGCUGACCUGCAGUCAUCCUGUAAGACGGAAUCCCUCCGACUGCUGUAAGGAGUGUCCGGAUGAGGAGAGGACCUCUGCAGGCCUGGAGCACAGCGACAUGAUGCAAGCAGAUGGCCCGAGACACUGCAAAUUUGGCAAGAACUAUUACCAGAACAGUGACAACUGGCAUCCCUGGGUACCGGUGGUAGGGGAGAUGAAGUGCAUCAACUGCUGGUGUGAUCAUGGUGUGACCAAGUGUCAAAGGAAGCAAUGUCCAGUACUGACUUGCACCAACAUCACCCGCAGAGAGGGCUCCUGCUGUCCUGAAUGCCUUGAUUCCAAAGAGGAAGAUGACCUAAUGAUGAAGGCUCCAGACAAAAGGCGAAGCUCGAGACACUGAUCUACCCCACCUUUACCCAGUUAACCCUCCUCCUCCCAGAUGGACCCAAACCCAGAGCUGCACAUUGGGUCUUCUUCCCUCCCUCCCUCCCUCCCUCCCUCCUCACCUCACACCCACCCUGUCAUCAGCUUCAGGAUUGUAAUGAACAGAGAAGAGCAGAGACGGAUGAGUAAUAAAAUGCAAACAGAAAAUAUUUCCAAAGACUCGUUAAGUGACGGGAUGAAGCAAUGGAGAGGACUAACCAGACUUUACCAACCUGCUACCGUCUGCUUCUUGCCUUCCUUUUUUGCUGGAAUUUCUUUUUGCUCUUUUUUUUAUCUUCUCAAUGGACAAAAGACAUAGACGUAGAUAUAAAACACAGCUGUUCAGUGGGAUUGUUUAGCUGUUGUUGUUGAAAGAGAUUCAACUUGGUUUUAAGUGGCAAACGUUGGCAAGAGUUGUAUUUCAUUGACAGGGCUUCUUUUUGAAGUAAAGCCAUAGCUACUGAAUGGAGAAGUGAAGAAAGUGUUGCUUAAAUAUGUGUGAAUGUGUAUGUGUGUGUCUGGAUGUGUGUAUGUGUGUGUGUGUGUGAGAUUUUUUUUAACCCGUAAAGAUACAAUUAAUUAGCAAUACACACGUAAAUCACAGUAAACUUACUGGAUGGCAAGGCAGGGUUCAAAAACUGUAAAAAAAAAACAAAAAAAAACAGUGAAAACCUGGAAAAGUGUCUCUUCAUCCAGUCUGCUACAUUCUUUUCUAUUAAAAAUAUAUUUCCACUCAACUGAACCAGUCAAAAAGUAUCAAUCAUCUGCAGUAGGCAUCAAGAUCAGUGUUACUUCACUGGGAGAGAAGCUUGAAGUAGCUCAGCUGGUUGUUGUUUUAGUACAAUACUAGCAAACACAAGCUUUGUCUUCACCUCCUGUUGAUCUCAUUGAUCUCUGCUUUGGUUGUUCCUAUUUCUGUUUUGAAUUAAGUAAUAUUUUAUGAAUUUUUCUGUCAUUGUUGUUGAUGAAUAUGAAGCUGGUUUGUAUUUUGUAUUUAUUGAAUGGU